UGAGUCUAUAGCGCCCGCGGAUAUAUAACAUGAGCGUAUGCAGCGAGCCAUCGAUAGGAGUCAGGGCCAAGGCUAUACACCAGUUCUGCAGCCGCUGGUGAACGUACGCUCCUCUGCUCUCGUUUCGUGUACCAUCUUUGAAACGUAGAAGAUUGCUUCAGCGAGCACUACUCGAAAAAAAGAGAAUGGCAACUAGUGAAGCACGUUCAGCCCGCCCCGUCGUCCAUUUGCCACCGAGUAUAACGUUAGCUUUGUUGGCCAUCAGCGCGGCACUGCAGUUACUUCUCUUGGAUGGAGUGUCCGCUGAUCAGGAACCAGAAAUCCCUGACGAGCACGCCCGAGUGGCCAUCAGGCCAGAAAUUCUGUCACUGCGCACCGGAGAGCGCAGGUUGUACGUGCCGCUUCGCCGCAAGCGGGCCGCGGUCGAAUCACUCGCCGGAGCUGCAGUGUCGCCGGCCAACUGCACCUUCGAAGGCAUCGUCUACGAGCAGGGUGUCAGCGGUACUGGCAGGGCGGUGGUGAUCGCGUGUCCCGGCGACAAAGAAGUGCACGCUAUGAUUAUCACGGCUCAGGGCGAGGCGAUCACCGUGGCGCCCAACCAGAACCGCGGUAGUGGCGUCACCGACGGGAGCGAAGACGAAGGAAGACACGUGGUGCGCCGUGUGCCCUCAACGUCCAAGUUGCUGACUUCUUGGAGCAAGCUGUCCACCAGAAGACGCAGAGCUACUGCUUCCAAUGAGCGUGCCAUCGAGCUGGCGGUGUUCGUGGAUGACGCUCUCAGGAAUAGAAAUCCCAACGAGAACGAGCUGCACAAGCGCCUAAUAGCCAUGCUCGAACAGAUCCAGCUUAUCCUGGAGUACAGGUCACUGGGAACACCGAUCGGGCUGGAUAUCGUCCACCUUGAAGUUCUCGACUCGAGGACUGGUCCUAGCACGGCUGGCGGUGAGAUCGACGACUACUUGGACAACUUCUGCACGUGGCAGUGCAGACGAAACCAGCAAGCGGCCAGCCAAGGACGUGGACAGUGGGACCACGCGAUACUGAUGACCGGACUCGACCUACACAGUGGCAACAACGACAACGUGAUAGGCCUGGCGUUUGUGGGAGGCAUGUGCCAGUGCCGCUUCAGCUGCACCAUCAUCCAGGCUGAGAGCUUCCAGGCGGCCCUGGAGGCGGCACACGAGAUGGGACAUAAUCUGGGUAUGGAGCAUGACGGCACCGGAAACCGAUGCGACCCGAGCCGCUUCAUCAUGUCACCUAGCACUGGCCCUGGAAAGACCAGCUGGUCCGCCUGCUCGAGACAGUACCUCGACGACUUUCUGGCGAGGCGGACGUCGUCGUGCCUGGCGUCUAAGACCAGUCGGCCAGUUGAAAAGUUGAGCGAGGACCCGCUCCCUGGCCAGGUGUUUCCGGCGGACGACCAGUGCAAGCUGGCGCUGGGGACGAAGUACAGCGCGUACACUUCGUCCAGAAGCCCCUUCAAUGACGUGUGCCAAGAACUGUGGUGCCAGGAAGGGCAGUGGGCUAGUUCGGCGCACCCCGCUUUGGAUGGUACAACCUGUGCCACUGGAAAGUACUGCCGCGAGGGCUCGUGCGUGGUGGCAGGUCAAGAUGGCGGCAACGGCGCAACGUCGAAAACGGCCACCCGAAGCACUAGGACUACCACCACCACCACCCCAAGACCGAGGCGACGCAACCCUGGCCUCUUCUUCCCUGACGUCACGAACAUUUGGGACCGCUGGUUCGGUCGCGGGAUUUCUAGGUGGUUCUGAGCGGAAAUCGUACGCUUGCGACUCAUCACGCCACGUGCCGAUGCGUAGCCGUUGACGACAGUUCCUGCGUCAUUCGGCGCGAAUAGCACCGUGUGUAGCAUGGAAGCCCAUUGUUACCAGGCGGGUUUGUAGUGUAGCACAUGGAUAGCGGAAUUACGUGCUUAUACGGAUAGCGAGUCAACAACGGCAUUUUCGGUCUGUCGCUUUCGAUAGUAUCGCUUUCAGUUGACACUGAUUGAAGCCAUGCCGCGCACAUAAUUCCCGUCGUUCGGCAUAGCGCCACGUCGCGCAAGAGUUCAAUAGAGCCGUUAACCAGAGCAUCUGUAGCGGUAGUGUAGGUGGCUGCACAUGUAAGCCGGUCUUCGUACGUGCGUUGUCUCCAGUGCCGAGUGCCGGCGUGGAAGACCACUGCCGCCCUGCUUUCCCGCCGGCGCCCUCUCCCGCAGCCAGCACUCUGGGAGAGGGCGGCGAGAGAGGAGGAGCUGUCCUUCCGGAGCACUCCACCACGGCGUCUAAACCUUCGGGCGUCACAAAGCUCUCGUGCCACCGCACCUGCGUCUCCAAGAGCUAGUUCGCGUUAACGCGCCCCUCAACUCGGUUGUGAAAAAUCGCGCGCCCUUAGCAUGGUGGCCUUUUGUACUGAUAGUGAGAGUUCAACGGUGAGAAUGGGCGAAAGAGGCGAAGAAAGGUAUUCGCUUUAAAAUAUAGCACGUGUGUGCUGGACGCAGAGCACGUUUAUAUCCGUUUGCACCUUAUUGUUCAACAGGCUAGUAAGCACAUUGUUUAUUGUAAACGCAUUGUUAAGCACAUUGUUUAAGCACACUUCGGAAAGCACGUUUUAUUUUACAUGCGAGCGAAGAGCAACCACAGGGCUUCACAUUCUUCACGAGAGAUGAUGCUACCCAAUUGUACGCCACCGUGCUCCCGAGUCUGUACCGUGCAUUGAGUGCUCGUUAAAAAACCCCAGGUGGUCAAAGUUAAACCGGAGUCCCCCACUACGGCGUGCCUCAUAAUCAUACCGUGGUUUUGGCACGUAAAAGCCCAGAAUUUAAUCAAUUAAUUUAUAUGCCUGGCUAUACGUUUCAGAUGCACAGCCUACAGCUGACCAUGCCUUCUCGAUAGCGUACAGCAUCUAUCAAAACUACGCAGGUCACCUAGCGCCACCGGAGGCGUCCACGACUGCGCGCGAUUUGGCACUGGCCGACACCUCGUGGUGGGGAUUGUGGUGGCGAUGCUCUCCUGGUGAUGUGAAACGUAUGAGUGCCAUGUACAGAUAACGAAAGAGAACUCUCCUGCUAGCGUGUGUACGCAUAUUAUUGCGAAACGAUGUAUUCCGAUCAUGUUGGCCUCUUGGGCUUUAUCGUGGCCUUGUGACUAGAAUGCAAUAAAGCAUGUGCAAGAGUGAAGUCAUGAAACCCAUCGGCAUUUUUAAAGGUUUCUUCAAACGUGUCAUUUGGAUAUAAGCAGGGACCCGUGGUCUGCGGUGGCGUAUGUACCUUCGAGUUCAUGAAUUCGCCCUUUGGUUCCUUAGCCUCAAUGCGCACUAGUACAAAACAAAUUAAACACAGCAUACACCCACAUGACUUUGAGAAGUAUCGAUGCCUCUCUCACCAGCUACAGACAUUACUAGGCGGUAGCAGUCCGGGUCGGAAGAGUCGCGCUGGGCGCUCUAGAGCGAACGAAGGGAUGCUACAGGAACUCCUCUUGGAAUUCCUCGUUUCAUCCUUGCUCCAUUUUUCGAGUUGUAACUUCUGAUGGAAUGCGCUCGCACUGAGAGAGGCACAAGGAGAGUAAGCUUAUUCCACACGUUAUCAUAAUUCCUGGAAAUGGUGUGAAAUAAAAGAUGUUACCCCCAGAUUCAGGAGUU